AUGGAAGACCCUUUGCGGCCGAAAGCGGUACCACUUGCCGCUGAAACGGUGCUUUGGUUUGAAUUUCUGCUCGACCCACAUUUAAUUACCAAACAUUUGCAGAAACCUAAUCCAGAUCCCAGCCCUUUGGAGCUAAUGUCUCAAUUCAUAUCUGUUACACCGGAUGUUAUAAUGCCGCCGCAGUAUGAUCUGACUUCGCCAGAGGCUGAAAAUGUACCAGGCGGUAUACCAGUGACACCGGGCGCAGGCGUAACUGGUACUGUCAUAAUGAGCAACAUAGAUGGACUGCGUAUACCGCGAAAGCAAAUUGCUUUAAAAAUAUUAACGCUAAAAGUGGCGACAUGGUUGAAAUGGAACUUGGAUGUCCUGGAAAAGAGUCUUCCCAUUCCAAAGCAGCUCUUUCUGUUGCGCGAUUUAUGUACAGUAUGUUUUGGCAAAUUGGUACCAAUACCUUUACAGCAGGAUUUUCAGCAAAAAGUUUCGCCUGAUGGCCAUGAGCAUGCAGCCCGUUUUGCAUUAACCUUUUAUCAUCGAUGGGUGCUACGCUUGCAAAUACUGAAAGAUAUUGCCAUGAAAGCUGCACGACCGUCCAUGGCUAAUAU